UAUCCAUCGCCCAUUCUACACUCGUCUAUACUCUCACCACCAACACAGAUACGGACACCCGUCACACUCGCCCGCCCACAGCCCACUCGCCACUGAGUGCUUAUCGACCUUCUCUUGCGCAUUCCGCUCCACCUUAUCCCCAUCGUCAACCAUCCAUAAGCUGCUUUAUCGAUAAUGGCGACUACGAACUCCCCCUCCAUUGCCUUCUCCCAAGGCGAUAUCGACAUGACUACCCACAACGACGUUGCCAACUUUGAGGAGCUUUUCAAUUUUGAAGAAUUUGAGAGCGCGGGAGAGUCAAGUACCCAUGGAAACUCUCCAGCAACAGAGUCAAAUGCCACCCCUUCCCCACUUCCCACCCAAGACCCACUCUUCCACGAUACAUCCUUUGACUUCUUUAACACAUCUAUGGACACCGAUUACCCUAUCGGACUGUCUCUUGGUGACUCCAAAGACUCCAAGGCAGCGUUCGCAGAUGACAUUGUCGUCAAGCAAGAACCUAUCGACUACCCUGUCUUUGACUCUCAGUCACCGGCGUCCAAUCCUGUUCCUACUCAAUUAGCUCCUUUGUCGUUUGGGGGACUACCUGUUGACCAGCAGGCUGCCCUACAACAAUUGAUGGAGAACAUCAUGAACUAUCAGAAAAAAUUUGGUGCGGAGCUUCCGGGAGUGGCGGCUAGCCCCGCGGAAGGCAAUGCGCAGACCAUUGAGCCAUCAAUGUUGUUUACCAACUCUCCUGCUUCGGACAGUGCUGUGAUUCCCGUCCAACCGAUGGCUGUGGCACCCGCCGCACAAUCUGCUCCCGCAACCACUUCCAACACCCCUCCGGUUGCGGUUGCCCCUUCUCUCGUGCCUGCUUCCCUCGCUGCCCCCACUCCCGUCCCGCCCACCACCCAACCGGUUGAGAAGCUAGAAGAACCACUUCGUUCAAUUUCUGAAGAACCAAACCGUACGCGUGCAGGUUCCACCAUGUCAUUCGAGGACCUUGAUUCUCGAAUCGACCGACUGGUUCCCCUUCCUGACAUCUUCUCCGCGGGGAAGGGUAAGGGUGGCAAAAAGGGUGGCGGUAUGUCUUCAGUCGUUCGUGAGGACGGUGAAGAUUUGGAUGAUGACGAGUCUUGGCGACCAUCACCUGAAGAGUACAAAAAGCUCAGUUCCAAGGAGAAGAGACAGUUGAGGAAUAAGCUUAGUGCUCGAGCUUUCAGGACCAGGAGAAAGGACUACAUUGGAACUCUUGAGGCGCAUAUCAAGGACAGGGAUAUGGUGAUCGAUGAAAUGAGGAAUGAGUUAAUCCACUCCAGGAAUGAAAACCAGGAUUUGAGGAAAGAGUUGGCAGCCCUGAAGGCUAGCACCAUGUCCAUUCUCCACCCCGAGUCCGCUAGCAAGUCAUUUUCACCGGCUAUGGUAUCUGCUCUGGCCAAGUCUCCGGCUAUUGCCAACGCUGCGAGCUCUGCUACUCCAAAUGGCCCUGUUCGCCGACCGGGCACCCCGCUCAAUACCUACAACCCUCGGAAAGAUCUUCCUUCGUCCCUCAAAGGCGGCUGGAGCAAUGACAACAUGUUUGGUGGCGGCUCUACCAUUUGCCACACUAUCAUGACCCCUGACCUUGUCCUUCCUUCUUCCAACCCUGCCCCUCUUCGAUCCUUUGCUGAUCUUCCAAGGGUCAAUCUUAACCCAAAUCUCAACGAGCCUGCUCCUUCCACCUUGCCCCACACUCUCUCCAACCCUGCUAGUGGUGCCGAUGGCUCUUCUACCUUCUCUGAGUGGUCUGAGAACACACCUUGGAGUCUCCGCUCAAUGGACAGCUACAGGAUGCAGAUCUGGUCCAGGUUGGCUAAGGAGGCUGCGGCCGACAAGGCCAACCUUGCUGGUGACUUGCGACCCAAAUUCUUCGUGGAAGGUCCUUCCACUCCUUCUCCCUCUGCUGCCGACGUCGCUGGUGCCGCUACGUCGCACGUCACCUCCAAACUCGCCUCAUCCUUCUGGUCUGCCUUUACUCAAGGUUCCUCCAAGUCUCUAGAUAACGAUAAGCUCGCCGCCGUCGUCACUGGCCAGGCAAAGCUCAAGGUUGUGCCUAUCAACCAGCAGGAGGGCGAGGAGGAUGUACUUGCGACUUUGAUGGGCGGUUUAAAAAUGCAAAGUGGAGUCAGUCCUUUCGAGAGGAGGAGGGCCGAAGGGGCGAGGGAGAAUCCAUUAGGGGUACUAUGCGGGUUUUUGAAGCAUGCCGGAGCUAUGACCUGUUAACGAGGUUUUGGCUUUUCAUCAGUUUCGUCCGGCAUCAUGUCUCUCACGGUUUUCUCAUUUGGCAUUUCAUCACAUCGCAUAUCGAUCCGCAUUGCACCUCAAGAACAGCACAUUUAUCACCCCCUUCUCAGUUGUUGAUAUCGUUUUUUAUGUAGUUUCUAGUUCCUCUCCCCCCCUGCUCAAUUAUAUUAGUUAUUACCGCAUUUUUCCUUUCGUCGCUUUUAGUUCAUUUCUCGAGUUUGGAGACUUUUGAUACAUAGUAUAGGACGAGAAUCCGAGAGCGUAAGGAAGAAAGAAGCAGAGUUGGUAUAUAGAUACGAAUCGAACUAAAAAGUAAUCGUAAUCGUAUGAAAAAAUUUCAAACAAGACGAUUUGAGGAAGAAGUUCCGGCGAACAAUGAAAGGAAAAGAGGACGUAGACAUAAAAUAGGAAAAGGGCAUACUGAUGACAGGAUAGAAACGAUUAGAGAUCGAGCUUAUGAU